AUGGAAUCUGUUCGCCAGUCUUGCCGGCCAAAGCACCAGGUCUUGACCUUGAAAUGUUAUCCUAAAUACCAGAAGGGAGUGUCGGAGGUUCGGCCGAACUCCAGCGAACUCUCAUACCUGCUAUACUAUACGAGCACGCGCCGCAGCAAGUUGACCAAGGUCUGCGGUUUUCUGGAGAAGAGGGUUGCCCGAGAUGUCUGGAGACGCAGAAUAGGAAAUGUUCAGGUGGCGCUGCAUAUCCUAGCUGCGAUCAUCGAAAAAGUUCCUCGCGACCUUCCUAUCUACGCCCGAUCCGUCAUGACAGUAAUCGAUACCAUUCUGCGAUCCAACGAUAUAAAUAUGGUGGAGGAAUCGAUUGUGACCUUCGAAAUGUUCUGCCGAUAUCAGGACAUUGCGGCCAUCGCGGCUGACCAGAGCCUUGCACAUCAAUACCGAGAAGUUGUGCGAACUUACACCGGCCUUGCUGACCCGGGAUUUACAUCAAAUGCGAACGCAGAUUUCAGCCCGCAGGUGGCUAUCCGGUGGAGAAAUGCGGGACUGCGCGCUAUUAGAGCGGUGGUCAGCUCAGAGACCUUGACCGCCGAUGGAGGAACAUUGCUGAAGCUCUGUUUGCCGGUUAUACUGAAGAACCUCUAUUCUGAAGAUGAGAAUCUUCUUACAACACUGAAAGAAAAGCUAUCCGAAACCGAGGCAAAUGAACGCGAGCCGCCCAAACCCCGCCGAAUGAGUGUCAACACGGUGCACACAGUGGACGUGGCAGAAGGUGACCCCGAGCUGGCAGCGCAGUCGGCCGCUGAGGCGGAUCGAAAGGCGGAAAUGGAUGCACGGGUCUUGGCCCUGCGCUGUCUCGAGCAGACUAUCGCCUCGGGGAGUAACCGGGGCCAGAUCCGUAUUGUAGUAACGGUCAUUCUACAGUUCAUCUCAAAAAAGGGCUUCCCGCAGAGCGAAAAGUGCGGCGAGAUUACCGAGGGCAAACGUGGCAACUGGGCAACAUCUCUGAUCGACCUCAUUGCGAACUGGUGCCCGGUGCAAGUUCGUUUUAUCAUCUUGAUCACAGCUAUGGAGAUUCUCCAUGAUACAACCCCAAGGGAGGAUGCUUUAGAGUCCUCAUUCACCAUUCUCUCUGUGGUGGAUUCGCUUCUCAAAUCUUCUGUUAACAUGAUUGGACUUAGUGUUAUGGAUGUCCUCUAUGGACUUAUGCACUACGCUUCUGAGAUACUGUCACCGUCAGAGCGUACUGGCUCUGCAGAUGGAGAGAAGAAAAAUCGACAAGCUGAAAUCGUGGUUCAGAUCUCUCCCCAACGACAGGAUCUUCUUACGCUACUGGAGCAGUCUAUUGGAGAUCUUGCAACACACAUAUACUACGGAGACCAAGUCGAAGACAUGAUGCGGGCCAUUCUCAGGCGCUUUAAGCCUCAUCUCCACCAUGAUAGUUCCUCGCCAUCCACAUUGGCAACCGUUCAGGAAUCCGGAGUGACACAUGAGGCGACAAAUGACGAACCCGAGACAAAUGGAGACAAAGCAAGCACAGAAACCUUCUCGCAUGCUGCCGCUAAACUGACUGCUCUCAGAGCCGUCAAGGCUAUCUUGGUUGUGGCUAAUUCAAAAACGCUAGCAACCAUGUCUGGUGUAGAAUCUAGACAUUCAGUCGGGAUCCAUGUGUGGGAAGGAACCCAAGUACUUCUUCGUGAUGUGGAUCGUGAUGUUCGCUAUGCCUAUUCCGAUGCAUUCCUAUCAUGGCUGCAGAUUGAGACCAACGGGAACGACCUCAAGGUGCGAUUAGAUUCACCCAAGUACAUCAAGACUCCCAAGAAAGACACCGAGCAGAUGGAUAGGCCGACUCGACGAGGUUCGUCGGUCCCUGCUACCCAGAGGGACAAAGUGGUGCUGGUGGCACAGUCGAACUUCCUCCGCCUUCUGCACCUGGCUAUCUACGAUGCUGCAAUCGAGGCAGCGACCGAGGAAGCCGAGAUCCUCCUGCUGCACCUACUUCUUGCAAAUCUUGUCGAGAACCUCGGGGUGAAUGCCGCUCAAUUCGGUGUCCCUAUGGUCCUUAAAUUGCAAGACGACUUGUUUACAUCUAUGGAUCUGAGUUCCUUCGCAGCUCGCGUUAACAUUGGAAGCUUGGUACACGGAUACCUUCUUGCGCUGUCUGAGCAUUUCGACAUCCAGUCCUUCCCCGUGGGCCAGGAGAUAAGUAAUGUGAUUCAGCAGCGACAGGCCAAGGGAUACUGGCUUUCUAAAAUCCGCCUACCCCCAGUCGAUCUUCAUGCCAUUGUUUUUGACAGCGAGAAGAGGUCUGACAAUGACUCCACCUCCCCACCUCCAUUGACACCAUUCCGCAACGUCGAAGGACUUGUCUAUAUGAUUGAGGAGUCUUAUUGCAAAUCGGUAUCUUCUCCUCCAGAAAGUCCCUCCUCGGCUUCUUCCCCAGCACGAGGAUUCACGUUCCCGGUACUUGGCUCCACAGCAACAGUCAAAUCCCAGGUUGAGAGCCACCUCCCGUCCGUCGUGAAGGAACAGAUGUUGUCUUCGUGGUCUCGCGAGGCAUGUUUGGCAGCUGUCGAUAAGGAAAGCACUGGAACACCAUCGGUAUCUGGCUCUCGGGCUACUACAAAUCCCCGCUACAACCAAACCAACAUGGCUACAAAUGGCUCACCCGCCGACUCCCAAUAUAACCGCCGCAUGAGCAUUCCAGAAAUAUCAGGCUCGUCAUCCAACAGUUCGAGCAGGAGCUCGCCUGUUCGCGUCAAUGAGCUUCGACGCGUGCUUUCGGUUACUAGCGACUCCCAUGAUCGACGCCUCAGUCCGCUACGUGGACGACUUGACGCAUCGAAUGACAGUUCCGUUUCUUCCGGGAGCGAAAGCAUGAUGAGCGGCAACUUCUCUGUUUCCGAGAUAGAUGGAGAUGCUACCUCAAUCCGACCAGAGAGCCAACGAACACCAGAUGACGAUGGACUGGAGACACCCCGCGCCACGCCUGCGGCAUUUUUCCUAUCAGGCGAUAAAGCCGAAGACAUCCCUCCCGUGCCACCGGUCCCAACUGGCUUGUCCAUCCCAGGUGGUUUCCCGAAUGACUCACAGCGCUCGCUGGCCUCAUAUGAUCGCCCAUUUACCGCACCAGCUCCAUCGGGACCUCCAGCGAGAGACAGGGCUGAUGCCAAUGCCUUAAACUACAAGCCUCUAAACCGCAACAAGAGCCGGUCCAACCACAGCCUUGCCACAUCUGGGAUUCCCGAACUCUUAACCGACUAUGAGACCAAUGACCCAAAUGGCAACCACCAAGAUCAACUACGGAAGCUCUUGGAUGGGUUCCUCUCGCCAAACGAGAAUAAGCUGACGAAUGGAUCCCGCCCGGCAACUGCCAUAUCUGCCUCCAAGGCUCUGCCGAGCAGAUCUAGCAGCAAACGACGCAGUGGAGGCCUUGGUCGGCCACCCUAUUGA